AUGGCUCCUCCUAAAGAAGUUCCUCAAGAAGCUCCUCAAAACAUCCCCCACUCUACUGGAUUAGUCCAAAGAAUUAAGGACAUAGUAUACAGAAUCGGCGUCUACUUCAAACUUGACAACCUCGCCAUCGUCCAGCUUCCCCUCAGACCCUCAGCUGUUUACAUGCCCAUCCUCCAGCCAUUCGAAGACAUCACCUUCCAUGGUCCCACGAUCGGCCCGCCUAACACCAUUGAAGUCACAGAUAUUGAUAUCUGGUUGCUACCGGCCCAAACCUGUAGCAUGGAUAUCCACUGGGUCUUUAAGGGGUUUUCACAGCGCGAUGGCUCAGUAAACUGGAGAGACACCAUUACCAUGAAAUUCUUCACCAAUUCCGGACCUAACAAAGAAAUUGUUGAAAUACCAUUAUCCUCAUCCCCCAAAACGGAAUGUAACGGCGAUAAGUCCAAUAGAUGCUCCGCAACUCCGAUAAAUAGUCGAACUAUGAUCGCGUCACCCCAACAUUUUUAUCGUCGUUCGAACGACGAAUAUACAUUCAAUCGGGAUUAUAUACAGUUCUAUUACGGAAGGGAUGGGGAAGAUGAGUUUAUAGCCUUCCAUACAGACACGAAUGGUCGUGCGGAGGAUAAUUAUUUAAUUCCCUCGAGGUUUCCCAGUUGUACUGUUCCUCGACAGGAUCCAUCGGAUGUGUAUACUAGGCAGUGGGUGAGCGACAGACAAAUGGUCCCGGCAAUCCCCGGUUGGUCAUACUAUGAAAUGCACGACAAGCAUCGACAAUUUAAAAUCCUUGGGGAUGAUAAACCUUAUUAUGAUGGUGAUGCGUUGAUGUUUACUUGCUUCUUCCCCUGUCCUAGGAUUGGUUAG